AAGCAGGUAGGGGAAGCAGAUAAGCUUAGCUUACGCGGGGCACGAAAAGUUAUCCCUCUUGGCACCCUGCCUUCGCCUUCGAUUGAUUGUGGGUUUACGAUUGCUGGGUCCAUUUCGCAUCGUGUUGGGUCCGGCGGAUUGCGCAACUCAGGGUGAAUGUGCACAAUUUUGGGUUCGGCAUCUGUUUUGUGGGUUGACGUUGCACCAUGAAGCGAUGGCUGGGCAUUGGGAAAUCGUCGCAGCCGAGCUCCAGCGCUUCUGCGUCGUCUCCCUCGGGUGCGGCGCCGGGCGACUCGGCUGCCACGGGCGAUGUGUACCAGAAGCGCCUCGAACAGUUCGUGGCUGAGCAGCAGAACGAAAUUGAGGAUCCCCGGUAUAGCGACGAGGUGGAACAGGACUUGAAGGAGGAUGUGUACUUCGAGCCUCCCGGUACCGCCACGGAGGAGGAGAUUCGGGAGAAUGCGGAGUUUCUGGAGAGUUUCCAGAAGUCGGAGAUGGCGAAGUUCUUGUUGAGAAGUGAGGAGCUCGCUGCCGAAGAGCGUGCCAAGGAGAGGCUGGCCAAUGCGGCGCCCACGAGGCCCGAAGAUGCUCAGCUGUGGAAGCAGCUGCCCCUGGUGCCGGGACCGUAUGGCGGUCCUCCCAUUCCCCGGAAGGCUCUCAAGUCUGACGAGGAGGUGCAGGGGAGAUUCUGGGAUUUUUUCAAGCAGUUUCAGUUUGGGCUCUGGGGUUACAAGCAGAGGCCUUAUCCCGCUGAAAAGCCCAUCGAUGUACAGCAGGUGCUCGGCUACAAAUGGCUAGAUAAGCGAUAUGCCGAUUUUACAAUGAGGGCCGGAGGAUGGUACUACAAGGACAGGCUGGGACGAACUCGUGGUCCCAUGGAGCUUGUGAAUCUCAAGACCGCAUGGGCAGCGGGGAUCGUUGACAAGAACACUUUCAUAUGGGGAGAUGAUAUGGAUGAAUGGGCGCCCAUUGGGAUGGUCUACGGUCUUCAGGGUUGUGUGGAAACUCCCGACGUUAAGCUUGUCACGAUGGGAACCGCCUUAGUCCACAAGCUUGCUCGAGGGCUAUCUCCAUGGACUCCUUUGAAGGGUCACAGUAUCAAAUCGUACAAACAGAUUCAGGCUGAAGCGAUAGAGAAGAGGGAGAGAGAGAAAGCGGUGCUCAGACAGAAUCACGGCAUCUGGCCUGGUGAAAGCACUCCUGCUCAUGCCAUGUUCUUGUGGGCUGGUGGAUCUGAGCUUACGGACCUUUUGGAGCAAGGCACUAAGCAAAAUAUGCCACACAAGUUUAUAUCCUACGAAGCCAGGAAAGAGUUGGCGAAACAAAUUCCAGGUUUGCGGCCAUGGGAGGUUCUGGAGGUAGAGCAGGUCAUGGAUCUUGUUACUUAUUCGAGAGAAUGGUACCGUGAGGACUUGGGCGAGUUCACCACCCGUGCUGACUACGAGAGAGAAUGGUUUGAAUCCUUCCAGGAGAAAUGGGACGAAAUUACUGAGGACAUUGAAACAGUGUUUGGUCGUGGAGAGGAGGCUGACAAGGUGAAUUAGCUACACGUAGUGGAAAUAGAAAUGUCCACCUUCAGAAACCAGUAAUAGUGUAGGAGUUGGUCUGCAGAAAAUAUCAGGUCAGCGUCAUUUUACCAGAGUUUAAGGUUUAGUCCGAGCCCGGGUGUUUUGUGCGAUCAGUUUUGUAUUCAAUUCAGGGAAUGAAUUUAGAAGAACUCUCGCCUUAAAAAUCUUUUCGGGGUCUGCUUGUUGUACCAUUAUGAAGAUCUGGCUUCAGGUGAACAUUGGUCGAAUUCAAUACCUCAA